CUCCUUCAUCUUCCGACAAAACCUUCUAAUCUCCCUUCAGUUAACACAGAGCUUCUCAAAAAUCCUUUACAGUUUCCAAAGAUCUAAAGAAAGAAGUUUACUGAAUCAUGAAUUAUCUUAACAAGGUCUGGAUGGCAGCAUCUUUCGUAGCUGUUCAAGGAAACCCAGAUCACGGCGUCAAGCUGAAAACCAGCCUCAGCUCCGCCCACCGGCUUCAACGCCGUCUUUCCUCCGAUCUCCUCCCUCUCUCCGCCGCAGAUGUUCCCGUAGACGAUGUUCCUUCAGAAGAAAGACGACAUCCUUCUUCUUCUUCUUCUUCCACUCCGGAUGAAUCUCUCCGUCAGGUCAUGUACCUCAGCUGCUGGAGCCAAGGCUAAUUCUAACUCCAUACAUUCAUCACCCCAGAUGAUGAUGAUGAUGCAUGGUGACUUUCUCAUGGAGCCGCUUGACUCGGUCAAAACGAGUUGGAUUGUCUGAUGAUAAACUGUAUAAUACUUCAGUGUAUAUUUGUAUUAUAGUCAUCUAUGUGAAUAUUAGACAUGUUCAAGAAGAUCUAGAGCAAAAGUUCGUUUAUGAGAACUCUGUCUUUUGUUUCAAGUAUCAAAACAUCGUCUCUCUUCCAA